AUUCUCCGCACGCGCAACUUCAACUUCAGGCAGGCUCACGCUGAUAAGUCUCAUUCGACCUUCUGCAACAUGGAACGCUACACAAUGAUCGAACCUCCGUCAUGUACUGCACCAGAGGCUAGUGAUACCCCCCUGCCGCUGCUACUACCCAACGUAGUCCUCGCCACCGACAACCGCACCGCCGAGGUCGUGACCAUCAAGAAACUGCAGAUCAUUGCGGAUAAAGCAACAUGUCGUGUCAACGACCACGUCGCCAUGGAACGCCGUGUCUACAAGCAUGUGACCAAGAUGGGCGGGCAUGCGAACGUGCUUCGACUUCGCGAAAGCUUCCAAGUCCAGGGCAUCGAGCAUCUUGUCCUGGACCAUUGUCCUCGCGGCUCGCUCUUCGAUGUGCUCAAAGCCACGACCGAUAAACGCUUCGACGCUGCCACGAGCUUGACGUACGUCGGACAGAUCGCCGACGGCUUGGUCUUCUUGCACUCCCUCGGAUACGCGCACUGCGACCUGUCGCUCGAAAACGUGCUCGUCGACGAUGCCAACAUGUGCAAACUGUGCGACUUUGGGUUCGCGGCCGACGCAACCACCAAGCAGGUCGCGGCGGUCGGCAAGUACUUCUACAUGGCGCCAGAGGUGCACGACACGUCGUCACGCGGGUACGACGCAAGUCAGGCGGACGUGUGGUCGCUGGGCAUCCUGCUCUUCAUCAUGCUCACGGGGGUGGCGCCGUUCCGCCAAGCACGUGUUCUGGACGAUCGGUUCGAACGCUUCAAGCAACAUGGCCUGGCGGCGUUGUGCGACGAGUUGCACGUGAGCCAUUUGAUCCCAUCCGACGCGUUCGAUGCGCUGGAGGCGAUGCUGCAGGUCCACCCUUCGACCCGAGUCACAAUCAAGGACGUGGUGGCCGCAGUGGGCUCGACCAGUUGCAACCAACGGCAAAGUGACGUGGCAUCGCGAACGUCGUCCGAAUCCGACUCGACUACAAGCCAUCGCACGCUACGACGCAAGGUGUCUCUUUUCCGAAAGGUACUGGACCCCUUCAAACGGACAAAGACCCUGAGCCAAAGCACAUUCUAGCCUACGGCCCAUCCUUUAACACCAUAUUUAAGUUCCAUUAACGCUUGCCAACCUACCCUAGCUGCUGAUGGUGGUGGUGGUGCUUGAUUAGACAGCAAAACGCCUACCUCCCAUACUUUGUCAUGUCGAA